AUUGAAACUGAGUAUAUGUUGGAUAUUGGAUGCGACCUUAGGUUUUGGCGGCUUAUCCGUAGCUGUUCUCUAUCUGGUGAGCUUUUAACCUGCUUGAUUUCUAAGCUCUUCAGGAUUUCUUUUGGGAGUACAUAUGAAAGUCAACAAGUCUUCCAUAUGGUGAGUCACUCGAAAACAGUGGGAUUUUCUCAUGAAUCAAUAUCUUCAUUAUGACCAGUAUACGCUUUCAUCUCAAGAAGUUGAAGUCCAGUUAGAUAUACUUAAUAAAACAUCUACACAGAUUAAUGAUUUAGAAAGACGUUUGGAAAUUUCUCGUGAUGCUUAUCGUAAAGUUUUAUCAGAUCAGUCAGAUAAAUUGCAGAAAUUAAGUAAAAAACUUGGUAAAUGUAUAUUACGUACUCGACCAUACAAUGAAUUGAAACAAAAGCAAACGCACUAUCGUAAAGAAAUUCAACUGGCUGCUUUGAAGUAUGAAAACGCCAUAUCGACCUUAAAUGCAGCUCGUGACACUCUGGCUAAAUUGGAAGCAUGUGUUUUAGAGCCUGGUGUUAGAGAUCCAAACACAUUGGAGUCUCUAAACCAAAGUAUUACGGAUUUUAAUAAUGCUAACAAAUCAUUGAAUAAUGCCAAAUUAGAACAUGAGAAAUUAAUGGAAAUUUAUGCCACAAAUGAACAAUCACUUCGUUGUUUAGAGAAACGUCUUCGUUUCGAUAUUCAAAAAGCGAAGCCUUACUACACCAUGUAUGAUCAUUUCAUGUUGAAAAUGGAGUUUCAUAGAGAAUAUCGGAUGCUAAAACACAUGUUGAAUUAUGUACAGAUAAAUUGAAAGCAUGUAAAAUUAUUUAUAGUGAUGCAAUGUGUAAAUUAGAACUUCUAUCCGAUUCUAUUCAUACAAAGAGAUUAAAUCAAAAUGAUCAUAGUAAUAAUGAACAUUCCCAUAGUAAUAAUAAUAACAAUAUGGAUGAUUAUGUCAUGAUGAAAUCAUUCUCUAAACAAUAUGAAUCUAUUCAAUAUACAAAUGAAUGUUCAAACAAUCAAUUUGUGAAGGAGAACACACUGAACAAAUCAAAUAAUGAUUGUUUAAAUGUUACUAUUGUUGAUCAUUUGAAAAUCGAUAAUCAUAAUCAUACUACUGAUAAUGAUAAUGAUAAUUCAACUGUUAAUUGUUUUCCUAUAAUGAAUGGUUUAUUCGAGUCACUUCAUCAAGCUUCCAUUGAGAUUGAUUCACUUCAAAAUUCUCCAUUUUUAUCUUCAAUUCAUUCAAAAGAUUACUGUAAUAGUACAACUAAUUCAUAUUGUACUACUAUUGAUACAAAUACUACUACUACUACUAUGACAACAUCAUUAUUAUGUACAGAGAAUAAUUCAUAUACAGAAUCUCUAUCUUUAUCAUCUCAUACAUCAUCAGCAUCUAUUUCACCAGCAUUAUCUUUUGAUACGUUUACAACACCAUCAUUAACAACAACAACAACAUCAUCAUCAUCAUCACCAUUGUCAUCAUCAUCAUCAUUGUUAUUCGAUGAACAAUCUUCUGCUUUAAUGUUAAUGAACUCUUUUAAUAAUUUAAAUUUAACCAAUAACUCAUCACAUUCAUUUAUAUCAAAAGAGAUUUGUUGUAGUAAUUUCACAAUAACAAAUUCUAGUUAAAUAGUAUUAAGAUUUUUUUAAUGUUAAUUUCAUUACUACUAUUUAAGUUAAAAGUAGUUUGCUUAUUUAUUGAUUAUGUAAUUUUCAUUUGAAACGAUUAAAUGGCCUCUGUUAUACCAUGACAAUAAUGUAUGUAUUGUAACGUUGUUCAAUGUUUUAACUUGGUUCAUUGGAGUAGUGAAUGUAUAUUACUGUAAAGAAUUCAAUAAAGAACUAUGGAAUUACUGCUGAUUCAAAGUUCUAAUAUAAGAGUUUAUUAUAUAUAUUUUUCGUUUUGUUUACAAAAAGAAGAAACGUUAGUUUCUUUUAUUAAUUGAAUACUCCCAUCAUUUGCUUUCUUUUCUUUUCUUUUUCUGGUAUAUUCUUCUAUUGUUCAUCAUUACUUUAUAUACAUAUAUAAACCUUAAAUGGUUAGUAAUGGGAUAAAUGCAUUGUAAAGUCAAUAUAUUACUAACAUGGGAAUAUUGUCUAAUUUAUUGUUGUUAUUAUUAUUAUUUUUACUGGCUAUUAUCUAGUCAUAAUUGAAUGCGUUUUACAAUCAACUUUAUACAGAUAUCUAUUAUUUAAUUCAUUCAAAAAAUGCAUUUUAACUAGCUUAUUGUGUUUUAUUGAUUUA